AUGGACGAGGAGAGCCUGCAGACCGCCCUCCGGACCUACGACGCGCAGCUGCAGCAGGUGGAGCUGGCCCUGGGCGCUGGCCUGGAUCCCUCGGAGCUGGCCGACCUGCGCCAGCUGCAGGGGGACCUGAAGGAGCUGAUCGAGCUCACUGAGGCCAGCCUGGUGUCGGUCAGGAAGAGCAAGCUGCUGGCGGCGCUGGAUGGAGAGCAGGAGGAUGCUGAGCCUUUGGCUUUGCAGAAUGCCAUCGCUGAGACGGUGGAGGUGCCAGUAGCCCCCGGCGCAGAACUGGAGACUGUUCCUUCGAGAGAGACUGGGCCAGGACCCACGGAGCCAGGGCAGGAGGAGGACGAGGGGGAGGACGAGGAGGGCGGGGAAGCACUGAGUGGGAGAAAGGUGAACGCCCCCUACUACAGUGCCUGGGGCACCCUGGAGUAUCACAACGCCAUGAUCGUGGGCACCGAGGAGGCGGACGACGGCUCCCCGGGCGUGCGCGUGCUCUAUCUCUACCCCACUCACAAGUCCCUGAAGCCCUGCCCGUUCUUCCUGGAGGGGAAGUGCCGCUUCCAGGAAAACUGCAGGUUCUCGCACGGGCAGGUAGUCUCAGUGGACGAGCUGCGCCCCUUCCAGGACCCGGACCUGAGCUCCCUGCAGGCCGGCUCUGCAUGUCUGGCCAAGCGGCAGGAUGGUCUGUGGUACCCAGCACAGAUCACUGAUGUAGACAGCGGCUACUACACGGUCAAGUUUGACUCUCUGCUGUUGAAAGAGGCCGUGGUGGAGGGGGACAGCAUCCUGCCCCCACUGCGCACAGAGCCUGCAGGGUCCUCUGACUCGGACGGCAGCGAUGCAGACGACCCCAGCUAUGCUCGAGUGGUGGAACCUGGUGCUGCCAACCCCGGGACCUGCAGCUCCGCUUUUGCUGGCUGGGAGGUGCACACGCGGGGCAUUGGCUCCAGGCUCCUCGCCAAGAUGGGCUACGAGUUUGGCAAGGGUCUGGGCCGGCGUGCAGAGGGCCGGGUGGAGCCCGUCCAUGCUGUGGUGCUGCCGCGUGGGAAGUCGCUGGACCAGUGUGCAGAGAUCCUGCAGAAGAGAACCCGGGGUGGCCAGGCUGGCGUCAGCAAGCCCCCAAAGUGCCGGGGCAGAGGGGGUGGAGCUGGGGGCCGCCCACCUCCUCGCAGUGUGUUUGACUUCCUGAAUGAGAAGCUGAAAGGCGGGGCUCCAGGGGCCCCGGAGGUGGGGGCAGCGCCCCCCGGAAGGAGCGGCAAGGAGGUGUACCACGCCAGCAGGAGUACCAAACGGGCCCUGAGCCUGCGGCUCCUCCAGACUGAGGAGAAGAUUGAGCAGAUCCAGCGAGCCAUCCGGGGCAUCCAGGAGGCCCUUGCCCGCAAUGCUGGCCGGCACAGUGUGACAACGGCCCAGCUGCAGGAGAAGCUGGCAGGAGCCCAGCGGCAGCUGGGGCAGCUCCGGGCCCAGGAGGCGGGCCUGCAGCGGGAACAGAGGAAGGCUGACACCCACAAGAAGAUGACUGAGUUCUAG